UAUCACGAUUUAUGUUAUUUGUAAAUGUGAGGAGAAUCAUUAAUGAGGGUAUGCCAAGUAACGGCGAUUAGGGUGAUAAACGGGUCCUGUAGUGUUCCCGGUUACACUUCGAGUGAGUGAAAGUCGUGCUCGGUACGGGGAUGGACUUGGCAGAAACUAUGAAAAACAUUGUUGCCAAAGGUAUGCAAACCGAAAUGGGACCACCAGGUGGAGGAUCUGGUUACCCUGGCACACCAAGUAGUGCUGGUUAUGUUACUGAAAAGAUGUAUAUGUUAUUACAAGCCUAUCUUCAAAACAAAGGUUGGAAUCCAAGCAUCGAACUGCUGCAAUGUUUUUCUGAAUUCAAAGAUGCAUCUAUGAUACCAAGUGCUGCCUAUUUGCAGAUGAUGGCAUCAAGAAUAGCUUUGGACUCUCAGGGAAGGCUAGUGCUUAGAGAAAAUGGAAAAAUAAUAUUGCCCUAUGAACACUUUGCAAAUGCUGUGAUGUUAAAGCAUAUGAAUGGUCCACAUGGUCUUCAUUUGGGCUUAGAAGGGACAGUUAGAGCUGUUAUGGAAUCAUACACUAUUGGACGAGAAUGUUUUGGUAUGGAAAAAGAAUUUAUAAUAGAGGUGGUACAAAAUUGUCCAAAUCCUGCUUGCCGUUAUUAUAAAAAUCAGCUUGAAUUAACUCAAAAAAUGGGACAUAUGGCACCAACUUAUAUUCAAGAAAAUGAAACAACAGCUUCUCUCUUACGUAGUAGUUUCCCUCAUAAUACAGACUUUCAAGCAACUUUAAGCAGUGCUAAUCCAAAUACUCACAUGGGAGGAGGAUCAACAGCGGAUUUGGCAGAAAUGAGAAGUGCUGGGAACCAAAUGAAUCUUCAACGUCCUCCAAGCCGUCCGUCAUUAAAUAUUCCACAUAGACCUGUGUCACAAGAAAAAAAAGUAGCCACUGGGAAGCAACAUUAUGAAUCCUUAAUACCUAAUAUUCCAAUGUCUGAUCACAAAUUAACAGACUUUUUAAGAACGAAUUUAGAUAAUUUGGACAAUCUCAGUGGGCUUGGUUUGGGAAAUUUACAAGGGAUAGGAAAUGCAAAUAAGGAUUUAUUAGCUUUACAUAAUGGAGCUUGGCCAUUAGAAAAUGAGAAAGGAUCUCGAGCAUCUUCAAAUUCAGAAGGAGGACAAGAAAAGAUAGUAAGAGCUUUUGCAGAAGUUAUGAAGAAUAUGGCACGAAUGAAAGCUUGUGUACGUCCUGCAAUGUGCAAACCAUAUGGAAAACAAUCAGAAGCUUUGCAAAAAACGCUGGUGGAUACAAUACAGCUUAUACAGUCGCUAAGAAGUUUUCUGCCACCUCCACAUAUUCCUGUCUCAAGCUGGAAAAAUGAAGAUAAACAUCGAUUAGAUCAUACGGGUACUCCCUAUCUCCCAUCAUUAAAGACUGGAGGUUUAGAGGAGUUAUGCGAACAACGCAAGCUAGACUAAACAAAUGUCUUCGCUUUCUAAGCGGUAGAUCAGGUUUUGUCUUUGCGCUCUAUGAUGUUCUAGUCAUGUGGUGUUUAUGGGUUAGAUGGGUGUUUUGUAUUUAAACAACCCGAAGGAUUGCUCAAAUGUUGUUGGCGUUUAGGACUUCAAAAUACUAAGAGACAAAACGAGUCAUGCGUGGACUGUGAUAAACGUGGGUAGUGAAAAAAAAAUUUAUAUAUAGUCAAUCGAACUCACACCGUUAUUUCAAAUUCGAGUUAGCUUUAUUUUGUUGCUAUAAGUUUUCUUUGAAUUUUUAUAAUCUGCCUAUGGGGCUUACUUGGAAACUAUGAGGUAGAAUAAUUUUUUAUCUACUUCAUAAUGAGUAUAAUUUGCAUAUUAUGAAUAUGUAUCAUAAAAUGGCAUUUAUAUCUUAUUGUUGUGCAUUGAUUUAACAGAUCACCACUUGUGUUCCAAUGAUUAUCUAAUCAACAUUGUAUUAUAAAGAUUCUUUGUUAUAUGAGUAAAUCUUACGUACACACUAGAAGUUUGAACAAAAUGUAAAGACUAAAUUCAAUCUUUACAAGCGUGAAAGGUUUGCUAAUUAGAUAUUGUUAUAAAUAUGAGGGUAUAAAUAAGCAAUCAUAAUUCUUGUUGUCGCUCGACCUCGCAUCAUUUAAUUUCUGAAUAUUUAUUAAGUAAUUAUGGGGUAUUGUUUUGAUUCAAAUAAUUAAAAUUACGACAAAAUUAUCUAGUUAAAAUAAAUAUUCAAUUUCUAUUAUAUAUAUAUUACAUGUAUAUAUAUAUAUAUACACGGUUCUUAAAAAUUGUACUUGUAUAAAUUAUUGUUUAUAAAAUUAUUAUUUAUAAAAAUAGAUCAAACAUAUACUGUUGUUAUGUCUAGUAUUAUUAUCUGACAAGGUAAUGUUAAAACUUGCAAUAAUUUGUAAGCUCCAUGGGCAGUAACAUGCGGUGUGCACGUAUAAAAAAAAGAAGAGUCAUUGGUCAAUUCAUAGAUAUUUUUCGAGAAGUAAAUUAUUUCGUUAAUAUAUACGAUUAAAAAAAAAAAAGAAAAGGACAAAAAUUUACAUUAUUAGAAAAUUUUUGAAGCGUGAUUUGCAGUGAUGCUCAAAAUUUUCUCUUUGUGCACUGAUAUUACUUACAAAAGAUAUUACCUCUAGCAACCACAAAAUGUAUGAUAAAUCGAAAGAAACGAAGCAAAUGCAUUUUAUUUUGGUUGUAGAGGUAAAAUCGGUUUCAACUCAAUUGUUAUACGCAUAUCUGCGAUGGUAAAAUGUUUCCUUCUUGCUCGAUAAUAUCAAAAUAUAAACUAUAUGUUUCUGAAUAUAAACAAUAAAUUUGUGUAAUGAAUACGUGGAAAAUGGAUGAAUGUCUGAAUCUUGUUUGUACACAGGUUCGAUGGAUGCAAAGUUUCGGCUAUCAAAUAGAAAAAUUUUAUAUGAACGUGACUGAAUGCGUGAACGCGUGAUUCUGUUUAGAUAUCUUUCUAUAAACAUAUUUGUUAUAAAACGCAUGUAAAUUUAUUUGUGACACAUGCAGCGAAUAUGUCGAUCGAUUGUUAGCAGGGCUCAGAUUUCCGUGAUCCAAAAUUUACAUCUGUGUUUCUAAUUUCUUUUUUUAAAAAUUUUAAAAGAUUUGGAUAUUUCUACUACAUAAAAUGGGACGAUAAUUUCAUUCA